ACACGCGUACAUAUUCAAAGCAUAAAACAAGUUUCGACAGCAAUAUAGUACUGGUCCCCAUGGCCAUUUUGUAAUAGGUAUAAUUCAAGCUCUGUAAUUGCCUUUGGACUUCCCAUCUCGGAGCUAUGGAAGCUGAAAAAAUGAUCUUUGGGAGCUCUCUCCCAGUUCCCUGUGUUCAGGAGCUGGCAAAGGAAAGGCCAAACGCAGUGCCACCGCGCUAUCUACAGCCCGAUCAAGACCCUUCCUUCAUAUCCAACUCCACAUCUUUUCCACAACUCCCAGUCAUCGACAUGCAACUCCUAUUUUUCCCAGAUUUUAUGGACUCUGAGUCGCAGAAAUUGCACUUCGCAAGCAAAGAAUGGGGUUUCUUCCAGUUGAUAAAUCAUGGGGUGAGCAGUUCCCUGUUGGAGAAGGUGAAAUCUGGCAUUCAAGAACUAUUUAAUAUGGAUAUUGAAGAGAAAAAGAAGUAUUGGUAAGGUGAAGGAGAA